UCAAACCAAGACCAUCCAUUAUAACAAUACGGAAGAGUGCUAUGAAUCUCCCUAAAAUAAGAUUUCUCAACAACAGACCCACAAGACAAGCCUAAGGGAAUACCAUACCGAAAACAUGAAAAUGAUGCAAUGGAAAGUGAGACCCAUCCCUCUGAUGUUAUUGGUGCCAAUAUUAAUGUUCACGAAAGUGUGCUACGAUUGGCAAAGCCUUAUCGUUCCCAACGUCCGUAUCAACUCAACAGCUCCAACUAAGGCAACAAGAAUCCAAUCCCUAUCUAAUGACCUCUCUGUAAAGGCCAACUCAUCAAAGAUUGUGAAGCCUUUCAAGUGGCUAUCAAUGUUCAAAUAUUUUGCCAAAGGAUUGAUUCACAAGGAGUCUCCAUGGAAAGUACCGGAGGAGCCCAAUGAUCGUGACUUGCAGCCAAUUUUGGCCCACCCACCUAAAGUAUGGAUUUCAUUGUCAGUGUGUUUCUCUGGAAAUACCAAAUAUUACAAGAAAGAAAACUUUCCUUAUUUGAAUGCCACUCAAAUGGCCGUUGAGUUGUGGCGCGAAGUUGCUAAUUUGUCGACCGUUGUGCAAGUGGUGUAUGACAAAGACGGGCUGAAUGCGCCCAAAUUGGAAGAAUUUAACACGUACCUGAGGAAUCACGGAAGCCUUGUCUAUCCAAUUGUAAAUAAUGGGGGCUUGGAUUGCAGCCUAAAAGCUCAAAUGCAAAGGAUAUUUGUUUCACACAUACCCGAAAUCGAAGAUGAUGAUUUGGUUGUGACGGGUGAUGUCGACAUAUUCCCAAUGGUGCCGAAUAUUUUAGAAGAACUGAGACGAGACUACAACAUUUGGUUGUUUCAAUACGCCUUAUCAGAAACAAAGCAUGAAACAUUCAGUAUGUCAUUCAUUGCAAUGACAAAGGCUUUAUGGAAGCAACUCCUCCCUGCAUCAACUCCCGAGGACACCAUCCAACAUUUUUUACCGUCCAUUUUGGAUAAGAAGAUGACUUGGAAUUACGAUCAGCUAAUAGUGUCAAAAGUGAUCCUACAAAGUGGACUUUGUUCCCUGGAUCCGCAGAACCGUCUUUGGAAGAGGCUUCGACUUGAACCAACAGAUCCUCAGACUUCGGAUGUGCAAACUUGUUACCACGGGUAUCGUUGGUGGGAUUGCAACAAAGCUCGGACAAGUACUUCAAGUGGUUGCAUGAUGUGGCAUUUUCACCCUGACGAAAGGGUUCGAGAUUUGACAAGAAAGUUCAAAUCAAUUCUCAAUUCAUUGGAGCAUUCAUGAGAUCAAAGCUGUGAACAGCACUGGUCGAACCAACGUGAUAUUUGAAUACGGCACGCUACAUAUAAAUCUUACCAAAAUUGGUGAAUGAAGUAGAAAACGUAUCCUAGUUGAACUUGUAUUGGUUAAGGUCAAAACGUUUUUGUCAAAUACAAUUGAUCCCAUUCCAAUUGAAUUUCAGCUGCCCUUAUUUGGUUGUGGAGUCAAUCAGAAUACAUCAGUUGUGAAUCAAUGUAUGCAUUUUAAACAUAAAAAAAUAUAUAAUCUUAUAGAUGGAAAAAAUCAACUGUAAAUUGCACUUGUAUUCAACUAUUUUUGUCUAUGUAUAGAAAUAACAAAUUUAACGCAAAAAACUUUCCAAUUCAUAUGUAUUGUGAUUUUUUUAUUC